ACUUUUAUAUCUUUUAAAUACAUAUUUUAAUUGUACUGCGUGAUCUAAGCGGAAUCUAAGCGGAACAUACUGGAUCUGUUUUACCUCAAUCGUUAUUAGAUGACUGUAAUAUAAAAUUCACAUCUUUUUAUUAAGAUUAAUACAGGUGCUGCAAAAUGAAGUUUAGAGUUUUGUCUACCCUUUUUCUUCUCACAUUUGCAAAUGUUACAUGUGAAAGUGAUGAUUUUAUUCAUCAACAUCCGUUGCUAGUUGCUGAAUUUGGAAGCAAUGUGAUUUUACCCUGCUCUCACUCAGAUGACUUUAUAAACUCUGUUUCGUGGUAUAAACAUUCUUUUGGCAAGAAACCACUUCUCGUAGCAUAUUCAGAACACGGCUCUGGAAGUGUUAAAUAUCAAAAUGGCUUCAAAAAUACAAAUAAAUAUCGUAUCAGAACUGGAAAUGGCUCUUUUAAUUUGACCAUCAUACACUUGGAAGAAUAUGAUUUUGCAACCUACUAUUGUGCUGUGAGAUUUUUGAACAUCGUUAAAUUUGGAGAAGGGACGAUUCUUCUACGUAAAGAGAGUGAUGGAAUAAGAAGUAACACAGUUCUCCAGCGGCCAGUAUCUGACAGACUUCAUCCAGGAGAUUCAGUGUCUCUGCAGUGUUCGGUCAUCAGUCAGAUCUGUGCAGGAGAAUACAGCGUCUACUGGUUCAGACAUUCAUCAGAACAUUCUCAUACAGGACUCAUUUACACCAGUGAUAACAGGAGUGAUCAGUGUAUGGAGAGAUCAGAGAAUGGCUUUUCUACCCAGAGCUGUGUCUACAGUCUCUCUCAGACUGAACUCAGAUCAUCUGAUGCUGGGAUUUAUUACUGCGCUGUUGCCACAUGUGGGAAGAUACACUUUGGAAAUGGAACUAAGUUGAUCAUUGAAGAUUUACAGUUCACAUGGAACCCAAUUACUGUAAUUCUGGCAACACUGAACAUCAUGACCAUGAUUGUGAUUACAGUUCUGCUGAUAGUGAUUCAAAAGAUCCACAUUAGAGAUACCUUGAAUCAUCCCAGAAAACAAUGGAAGCAGAUCGUGGAUACUGAUACUUUAAACCCAGAGGAGACACGAGUCCUUUAUACCCAGUCCAUCAAGCACUAGCUGACGGUAAUGAUGGCUGAAAACAUUAUUACCGCAUAUUUGUUGAGGACUGAUGAUUAUGUUGGCGAACAUGAUUUUUUUCUAAUGACUGUAAUAUUCAUAAUAUGUGUACAAGUCCACAUUUUAAUUUUGCGUUGGAUAACAGCAUCUGUUAAAUAAUCAUGAAAAUGCUGUUUGACUGGUUAAGUUCUGUUAUUGUUCUCUUGCUUUUUAAGUAUUUAAUUUUUGGAUAUAAAAACCAAGAAUGUGGUAGAAUAAAAUAAUAUCUCUUUACUGUCUUUCUGCAAUCUCUGUCAAGACUCCAUAAUAGGAAUAUUUAAUUGCUCAGAGUUUACUCUUUCAUUCUAGUUGUGAUUCUCAUGUAUUUCUCAUUUUAGUAUUAACGGUGUCUCAGAUAUUUCUCCUAAAAAUCCUUAAGAUAAAUAAAGUAAACAUGACUGAUACAUGAUACAAAUCUGAAAGAAAUUAGUCCAAAAGAGGAUGGACUGUGAGAAAUAUGGGAGAUCUCUUUAUUGUUUUGCUGUAAUUUCUUUCAA